AUGGUCUCCGACGAGACUUUUGAGAUCUGUCUCCCUGUCCUGCAGGAUGCGAACCUCGACGACGAUGACAAGACGGACAAGCUCGAGGAGUUGCUGAAAAAAGAGACAUCUCUAAGUGGCUCGACUUUAGAAAAUGCAGUACUCGAUGUUCUAUGGCGAUAUCGCGAGGGUGGAGGCAGUGCGACCUCACCACCUCCCAUACGACAAACUAUCCUUCGUAGGCCGUCUCCUGCCUCAUGGCGGGGUUCCUCGACCCCUUUAUCGGGCUCUCCUCGACUAGGAGUGAGCCCUUUAGCCCCGCCAGGCUUUGUUCCGACGAAUCUUAGCCGAACUAAAUCCUCGACUGUAUCGCCCUUCUCUUCUCCGCGCCCGUCACCGCGCCUCGCGUUCGCCGCUCCUGUAAUACCACAUAGCCCGAACUUGAAUGCCUACGAGUUUGCCAAUGACACAAGCCCCUCCCAAGAGAUAUUUGGUGAUCUUCAGACCGAAAACGUUGACUGGCUCGUGAGUGAUGAUGCACUCAGCAUUUCCUCUUCCGUGGGUACAUCCAGCGGCCUCAAUGCCGCUGCUCCUGAAUACGUUUCUGCUCAGCAGACCGACAUGAAUCCAUUUGAUAUGUUGCGCUUAAUCCUUGGGCAGUCUAAGACCGAUGAAGAAAUAGAGACUGCCCUUACUAUGCACGGCUACGAUCUUAGUGCCACCAUUGCCUCUAUUAUGGAAUCUCAGGGACCAGAAUCCACAAACGCCUCUGGACUUACGCCUGAAUCUAAGAGUGUACUGAUCGGCAAGUCUAUGACACCGGAUGGGAGACCUACAACGCCCUCGACUCAGCAGAAGGCUGGCAUCAUCUGCAAAUUCUAUCUGUCUACUGGACAAUGUUUGCGAGCAGAUUGUCGGUUCAGCCAUGAUCUUAGUAAUCAUAUCUGCAAAUAUUGGGUUAUGGGGAACUGUUUGGCUGGUGAUACUUGUAUCUUUUCGCACGAUCCAGCUCACCUUAUGAACCGGCUCAACGUGGACGGCAGUAGUACCCCGCCGUUAAAAAGCCAAAACCUGCAGGUCCAAGACUUCAGCUCGUUCCCAGCUCUUCGGCCCACCACCCCAGAACUGAAUCCUUUUGCUGCUAGUUUUAGUUAUCCACCUCCUGGAGUGACCCCACCACCUGGGCUGAAGCCUCUCCAUGCGUAUGCGGGUAGUGAUGGAUCUCACUCACGCUCACGACCUGGAAGUCGGCAUCAACCAAAGGAAGGCAUGAGUGCGCCGUCGAUAGAUGACAACGACGCCUUCCCUUCUCUUGGAUCUGCCUCUGCUAAGCCUAGCAAGAAGCAUCAUGGUAAGCGUGGUGGACAUGGUCAUGGCCACAAAGAAAACUUUCCACCAAGCUCUCUAGCCGAUAUCGUGAAGAUGUCACCUUCUCCUGGACCUGGAUCCGGACCUAACCGGCCAGAAUCGAAGAAGCUUGGCCGUAAUGGAAGUGCUACCAAUGUGAAGAAUGGGGAGAAUAGCGCUGCAGCCCAGGCUAUUCCUACACCAAAGCACAUCCCAUGGCUGGAGACCGGGGAUAGGGCUAACAAAGCCUAUUUGAAGUCUCGCCAGGAGGCCAUCAAGCACGGUGGCCUCCGCAACAAGUUCCUUCAAAGCGCGGCCCAAGCAUGGAACCGUAACGAUGCCCGUGCGGCCAAAGCCCUUAGCCUUCGUGGCCAGAGUGAAAAUGAUCUCAUGCGUAAAGCACAUCGUGAGGCAGCGCGCGAAUUAUAUGAGGAAAGAAAUAAGCAGCCCUCGCAAAACUCGGAGAUCUAUGUGGAUCUACACGGCCUGCACCCAGACGAAGCUGUCGAAUAUCUAGAGAGGGUGCUCUUGGACAACAGCAAAGAAAUCAGGCCGGUGUAUGCCAUCACUGGAACUGGUCAUCACAGUAAGAAUGGGAAAGACAAGGUGGGUAAGGCCAUUAGAAACUUUCUCAACGAGUGGAGAUACGCCUAUCGUGAGUUCUCAGUGCCUGGAGACCGAAACAACAUGGGUGGUAUCCUCGGGAUUGAUGCGAGAAGCUGGGACAAGUCACUGGCAAGGGAUGAUGCGAAUAAAGAAGAGUCCAAGGAAGAGGUGGACAUUCUUAGCCAGGGAGUUGAGAUCGGCGACGGGAAGGUUAGGCUCCUCGUUCGAGAUCCUCCUAAAGGACCAAGUGGUAGCAGGGGCCGGUGA